UGUAAUGCAAUGUAAAAAAAAGAGGCCAACAAGUUUAGAGCAAGCUUCAAAGCUAACACUAAUGCAGCGCCAAAAGCCCGCCAACAAGAAAAAGAAAAAAAGGAAAGAAAGGAAAAGACAAGAUAACCUUACGAACGUCGAAGUGAUGUUUUGUCUGUCGUCCAACAAGUCAAUCUUUAGACGCCGUUGAUUUUACUGACUGUAAGUUACUCCAAAACCAUCAUCUGCUGUUGAAAAUAAAAAAGGGAGCCAAAUCGCUACCGCAGCAAGCAACCACCGGAAUUUGCUUCCAUCUGCACCGCCAAUCUCUGCUGCUACUCAGAAUAACCAUAACAGAUCAAUCGUCAAAAAUGUUUUAUCAUAUGGCUGGUUGCUUGGAAGCUUGAAGACCUUUUGCUAAAAUCUCAAGAACAGUUUAAUAGCUGAUAGCGAUGUCGACAUCUUUUCCACAUUUAUCGGUGCUUUUCUCGGCUUCUUCGGUUGCCAGACAGAUCCCUCUUUGCACUGGUGAUCUCAAAGUCUCUGCUCGUAGCUUUCCGGUUUUGCCAGAGGAUAUUUGUUCAGUGGAAGGUAGCCGCCUUCUGCUCUAUGGAGGAGCUGGCAGUUUCUGCCGAAGGUUCCAUGGCUUAAAGCUACGAAUACUUGAGAGCCUUAGCCUUAGACAGCGCAAUAGAGAAUGGAGACAUGUAAAGGAACUCAAGACUAUAAAAAAUCAAGAUAAGAAUCACUUAAGUAAUCAUUUGGAAACAACUUCAACACAUGCAGGACAAAUUUCUGAAGAAGUCCAUAAGAUAAAUGUGCCAAGUGAUUCCAUCAAUGGAACCAUAAAAACAACUCCAAAACCUGAAGGUUAUUUGUCUGAUUUUCAUCCUGAUGGUUGCAUGAGUGCAGCUGCUUCUGUGGAGUCUCCAUCUUCGACACAGGCACAUGCACAUUCCUUGAGUUUUCCAAUUGAAGGUGGUAGAGCAACUUCUCUCUCUAUUGCUGUCAUAGGAGCUACAGGUGAGCUGGCUAGGGGGAAAAUUUUUCCAGCAUUAUUUGCUCUGUAUUACAGUGGCUUUCUACCCGAGGAUGUGGCUAUCUUUGGUUAUUCAAGGAAGAAUUUGACAGAUGAAGAUCUGAGAUCCAUUAUAGCUUCAACUUUGACUUGCCGCAUUGAUCAUCAACAGAACUGUGGAGACAAAAUGGAGAUGUUUCUUAGUAGGACCUACUACCUUAAUGGAGGUUAUGACAAUAGAGAAGGGAUGUCAAAGCUAAAUGCCAGAAUGGAGCAGAUUGAGGCGGGACAUGAAGUAAACAGAAUAUUCUACCUUUCUGUGCCACAAGAAGUGCUUCUUGAUGUUGCUUCAUCGCUCGCUGAGAACACCCAAACCCACAGGGGCUGGAAUCGUAUAAUAAUUGAGAAACCUUUUGGAUUUGAUGGUCCAUCUUCUCAUCGAUUGACUAAGGCUCUUCUUUCUAAAUUUCAUGAGAAGCAAUUAUACAGGAUAGAUCAUCUUUUAGGAAGAAACCUCAUUGAGAACCUCACAGUAUUACGGUUUUCUAAUCUAGUCUUUGAGCCGUUGUGGAGCCGAACUUAUAUACGGAAUAUACAGAUUAUUUUAUCAGAAGAUCUCAGUGUGCAGACUGGAAGGUAUUUUAACGGUUAUGGGAUCAUUCGGGAUAUAGUGCAUAGUCAUAUAUUCCAGACAGUGGCAUUGCUUGCCAUGGAGCCACCCAUAAGCUUAGAUGGCGAAGAUAUUCGAAAUGAAAAGGUCAAGGUUUUAAGAUCAAUCCGCAGAUUGGAUCCUAGUGAUGUCAUCCUUGGGCAAUAUAAAGCUAUUUCCAGAGACAAAGUUGAUGUAAAUAUGAACAGUUUGACUCCAACAUUUUUUGCUGCUGCGUUGUAUAUUGAUAAUGCACGCUGGGAUGGCGUGCCUUUCCUGAUCAAAACCGGCAUGGGACUCAUCAAACACAGAGUGGAGAUACGAAUCCAGUUCCAUAAUGUCCCCGGAAAUCUUUAUCGUGAACGCAUUGGGCACAGCAUUGAUAUGGCCACGAAUGAGCUGAUUUUACGCGAUGUACCUGAUGAAGCCAUUUUAGUCAGAAUUAACAAUAAGAUUCCAGGACUGGGCUUGCAGUUGGAUGCUUCCGAACUUAAUUUGCUCUACAAGGACAAGUAUAAUGUAGAAGUGCCUGAUUCUUAUGAGCAUCUUCUCCUUGACGUGAUGGACGGAGACAACCAUCUCUUUAUGAGAAGCGAUGAGCUUGCAGCUGCAUGGAAUAUUUUAACUCCUAUUCUCCAUGAGAUAGACAAGAAUAAUAUUGCACCAGAGCUGUAUGAGUUAGGGGGUAGAGGUCCAAUUGGAGCAUACUAUCUUUGGGCCAAACAUGGAGUCCGGUGGGCAGAUGACUGACUGACAAAGCUUUUUCACCAAAGAUUCUGCUGCCUGAUACAGUGGUCAACAUUCAACAACACUUGCCUUCUCUCCUAAUAAAUGAAUGUUUUUUUUUUUUUUUCCGUAUGACCAGGAGGUAAAGGUUUUUGCCACUCCACCAAAGUCACUUUCCGAGGAGUAUGCAAAUCCUUAAACUAGCAGAGACUUCUGGUUCUAGUCUUUUACUAAUUUCUUAAACAUGGCUGUUUUAUGUAUGGCAAUUAUUUGUUUAUUCACAUUACAUAUUAAAAGAUUCUUCUUUGUCAAUCAA